UACGUAUCUAAAUUGUCUCACAGUUUGGCAACGCUGCCGUGCAUGACGUCUCCGUUUGUUGACAUCUGACGUGCAAUAGGGAAAGGAGCAGAACGUCUUGUAGGAAAAAUAAAGCAACAGCACCAUGGAAGAUGACUUUGAACCGUACGAUCCCACGCUGCAGAACAUAAUCGAUCAAACAUCGCUCAAAUGGGUGUUUGUGGGUGGUAAGGGAGGCGUCGGCAAAACAACAUGUAGCUGCAGUCUGGCGGUCCAGCUGGCACAGAAACGCGAAUCCGUACUGAUUAUCUCGACCGAUCCGGCGCACAACAUUUCCGAUGCGUUCGAUCAAAAGUUCACCAAGGUACCGACGAAGGUGAACGGAUUCGACAAUCUGUUCGCGAUGGAGAUCGAUCCGAACGUCGGCAUCAGCGAGCUUCCGGAUGAGUAUUUCGAAGAUGAUGCAUCGCCUUUAAACGUUGGCAAAGGAAUGCUACAGGAAGUAAUCGGGACGCUGCCCGGUAUCGAUGAGGCGAUGAGCUAUGCGGAAGUUAUGAAGUUGGUGAAAGCGAUGAAUUUUUCCGUGGUCGUGUUUGACACUGCACCGACUGGUCACACACUUCGAUUGCUUUCAUUCCCGCAAGUGGUAGAGAAGGGGUUAGGCAAGUUGUUGCGGCUAAAGAUGAAGCUUGCACCAAUCAUUUCGCAAAUGGGUUCCUUGUUUGGUGUACAGGAUUUCAACGGGGAUACCAUCGCGAACAAGCUGGAAGAGAUGCUCAGCAUUAUUCAGCAGGUUAAUGAGCAGUUUCACAACCCACAACAAACGACCUUCGUGUGCGUAUGCAUAGCCGAGUUUCUGUCCCUUUACGAAACAGAACGGCUCGUACAGGAGCUUACCAAGUGUGGCAUCGAUACGCACAACAUCAUCGUCAAUCAGCUGAUGUUCCAAAAGAAGGGACAGCAACCGUGCAGUAUGUGUUCGGCUCGGUGCAAAGUGCAGGAAAAAUACCUCGACCAAAUUGCUGACCUGUACGAGGAUUUCCACGUGGUUCGAUUACCGCUACUGGACGAGGAAGUUCGUGGUGUGGAGAAAGUAAAAAAGUUUUCACGCAACCUGCUGGUCCCUUACUCACCCGAUGCUCCUCCACCGCAGGAGUAAUAUCAAAAGCACUCCUCUUUGAUUAUUUCAACAGAAUGAGGUCGUUUUCGCGGGUCUUAUAUGUUUGGUUUGCAAAUGCACUAGAUUUUGUCGGGUAUAGUUUUGUAAAUUCUGCAUACGAUAAAUUAUAUUUAACGUGACUUUGCUCAGCAAAACUGGCAAAUGCUGAUGCCGUGAAGAUAUUCCUGAAUAUUUCCCCUUAUUUUAUAUUUCUUUCCCAAGUAACAAUUGGUAGUAAUAAAAGGUGAAUUUUGCAGCACACAA